GGGGGGGGCGCAUUUGAUAUAAGAAGUCGAGCCUCUGCGGCUUCAGACUCACUUCUACCCCACGAACCAUCCAGGACACCGGGAAUCUUUCACCCUAAAAUGUUGUUUGUGUUCAACCUCGCUGCUUUCUUGUGCGUCACCGCUGCUUGGCCUUCCCUCGGCGGCCGGGAGACUCAUUUUACCUCCGAGGAUGAGCCAGAGGAGGUCCGAUCAGCUGCCAUCAAGAGGCUUUUGGAGGUUUUUGGAAUGGAGGACCCCCCUGCUGUCCACGGACACAUGCAGCCACCUCAGUACAUGCUGGAUCUGUUCAACACGGUGGCUGACGUGGACGGUGUGACCAAGGACCCAAAUCUUCUGGAAGGGAAUACCGUGCGCAGUUUCUUUGACAAAUGUGAGCUCCGACUGGUAUUUUUUUACCAAGUUUUUCCAAAUGCGUGCAUUAUUCUGGUCUCUAAUGAUGAUUUCUCCAUUGCAGUGCGCAGUGAGCUGGUUGAGUUCAAAUUCACUUUGUCAACUGUUGCAAAAAGUGAGAAGAUUCUCACUGCAGAGCUCCAUCUUUUCAAGCUGCGCCCUCAGGUGACCCUGACAUCCAGCAGGCAUCACUUCUGUCAGGUCAGUGUGUAUCAGCUCCUGGACAACAGCCAAACCAACAGCAGUCAGGCCAGGAAGCUGCUGUCUUCUAGACUCGUCUCAGUCCACUCCUCUGGUUGGGAAGUGUUCACGGUCACACAAGCCGUCCGUCACUGGAUGCAAGAUGAAGCCAGUAACCUGGGACUCCAUGUGGUGGUUCGAACUCUGGGAGGGAGCCAGGCGGACCUGAAAGUGAUCCGCUUUGCUUCAGGGCGCCACCAUCAUCAGAGCAAACAGCCAAUGUUGGUUCUCUUCACUGAUGAUGGCCGUCGCUCUGCUGCACUGGAGAGUGCAGACACACAUGAGGCCAUUUCCACCUCCAUCCUACCUCAGAUCUCCACAUCAGCCCCAUCUUUCCGCAUCGCUCGCUCCCUGGACCACAUGGAUGAGGAAGGCCAGCUGAGGCCCUGCCAGCGCCUCCCUCUCUACGUGGACUUCGAGGAGAUCGGCUGGUCGGGCUGGAUCGUGUCUCCCAGGGGUUACAACGCUUAUCACUGCAAGGGCUCCUGCUCCUUCCCUCUGGGUCAGAACAUGAGACCGACCAACCACGCCACCGUGCAGUCCAUCAUCAAUGCCCUGAAGCUGAUGAGGGGUAUCCAGACGCCGUGCUGCGUGCCGGACAAGCUGUUUUCCAUCAACUUGCUCUACUUCGACGAUGAUGAGAAUGUUGUUCUGAAGCAGUACAACGACAUGGUGGCUGGAAGCUGCGGCUGCCACUGACUGCAGACAUUGACCAAAUGUAACUUGACCUUUGACCUCUAAAUAAUAAGUAAUGUGCCAAAUUCCUCUAGACAUUGUAAUAUAUAUAUAUGUAAAUAUCCAUAAAUAAUAAUAUAUGACUGUGAUGGAAGUGGUGUCUGGAAUAACAUGUAAAUGUGUACAUUUUGCAUUUUCUGGUAAAUUUCUGGUAAAAAAGGAAAAUAAAAUGGAAUACAUUUUUUAAUUCACCAAUCUGGAAUUUUCUUUUUUAAUUCCCAAAUUUACAAUUGCAUCUUAAACGUUUCCAAGAAACUGCAAACCUUUGUUUAAAUAGGUAAUUGAGUACCAAAAUUAAGAUGAGCUAUCAAGCAAUGAUUUGGUUUUUAGCUGAAACAAAAGUCAUCU